AAAAAAAAAAAAAAAAAAAAAAAGCCCUAUUUUGUAUCACAACCAUUUCAGACCAGAAUCAAAGGCGUCUGUCUUUUUAAAAGUGGCCACGAGCCCAAUAGAAAACCAACUCGCCUACGUGGGCUCUUUGUAUUGGGCCUAGUUCCUUGAGUUUGUAUUUGUAAAAUGGCCCAUUAAAUGGACAACCCGAUCCACCAGAUCCAUUAGCCGUCGCAAUAUGCUAGCCAGAUUUUCCGCGCAAAAGGCUGAGGAUUCAAAAACAAAAGAAAAACAAUUCCUUCCUUCGCUGUUUCACAUUCUCCUCUCCAGAUCCCAUUAAUAAAAAAAUCUAAAAAUCUCCAUCUCUAAGCUUCAGAAAUGGAUCACUUCCGCCAUUUGACUUUCGAAACCUCGAAAAUUGUACCCUUGUCUAUAUUAUUCAAACUCGCUGGACGGUACUGUCAUCUCCCUCCUGGAAUUUCGCUCUGCUCUCUCUUUCUUCUCUCUUCAGCUCCAAGUUGGCUUCUUUAUCUCUUUCUUUUUGUAAACCACGGUUUUGAUUUCUUUUCUUUCUGUUUUGAUUUGAUUCAGUUCCCUUUGCGUGUUCUUUAAAAAGAUCCCAUCAAGUUCACGUCUUUUGCAUGAGUUUCAACUUCUUUUCACUUUUCAAUUCCCUUUUUUGCACAUUUUAAAAAGUUUUUUGGGUAAUUUAGAUUUCUUCAAAGAUAUAAAUAUAUACAGUCCCGAAGAUCAUAUUCUAUAUUGGGUGUUGACAUGUCUGAUUUUAAGUUAGAAGUUGUUAUUUCCAAUGAUUGUGAUGAAUCAGUGGACCAUGUGAGUGAAAAGUCGACUUUAGAUGAAAAAUUUAAUGCUGCAGAAAAGAUUCUGAAUGGUUUUGGAAAGCAAGAUAACCGGUCAACUGGCAAUUUUGCAACAAAUGCAGAACGUAGAGCUGUAGGUGACAGGUUCUUUAGAGAGAAUCAUGCAACACAUGGUGCCAAAAUCAGUGCUCUGUUUAAUGGAGAUGAAAAACGCGAACAUGGAUCAGGAAGAAAAUCUGGACCUCUUUUGUCCGGAACAGCUUACUGCAUUUCCUCUUGCAGCAUGAUUUUGUUGAACAAAGUUGUUCUGUCAAGUUACAAUUUCGAUGCAGGAAUAUCUCUUAUGUUAUAUCAAAAUUUGAUAUGCUGUGUGGUUGUUGCCAUUUUGGGUUUUUGUGGAGUUGUUUCAGUGCAGAAGCUUAACUGGAAACUAAUAAAGGUCUGGAUCCCUGUCAAUGCAAUCUUUGUUGGCAUGCUUGUAUCAGGCAUGUAUAGUUUGAAAUACAUAAAUAUUGCAAUGGUGACAAUUCUGAAGAAUAUGACAAACAUUAUGACAGCAAUUGGGGAGUUAUAUAUUUUCCGGAAACAUCAGAAUCAGAAAGUGUGGGCUGCCAUGAUUUUGAUGAUUAUCUCUGCUAUCACUGGUGGUAUUACAGAUCUUUCAUUUGAUGCAACGGGUUAUGCAUGGCAACUCAUGAAUUGCAUUCUAACAGCAAGUUACUCAAUUACCCUGCGGCGGGUAAUGGAUAAAGCAAAGCAGUCAACCAGAAGCGGAUCUCUUAAUGAAAUUUCAAUGGUGUUGCUGAAUAAUUUGUUGUCUCUACCAUUUGCCAUCUUCUUGAUUCUGGUGUUUGAUGAAUGGGAAUAUGUGAUUAAUGCAGAUGUGAUCAAAUUGCCAUUGUUCUGGGUUGUUGCAACAGCUAGUGGAUUGCUUGGACUUGCCAUUAGCUUCACCUCUAUGUGGUUCUUACGCCAAACUGGCCCCACAACUUAUAGUUUGGUGGGUUCACUGAACAAGAUUCCCAUCUCUAUUGCUGGUCUAGUGUUGUUCAAGGUUCCCCUUAGUCUAUCAAAUUUGUUCAGUAUACUAUUUGGUCUAUUUGCUGGAAUAUUCUUUGCCAGGGCCAAAAUGUCCUGAUCCUAGAAUCAGAUCAUUGCAUAUAUUUGAUAACAGGGAAGAACCAGUGACAUAGCUUCCGGUUGCUGAUUGACAAAUUAAACCUUGAAUCAAUACUUCCUUCCCACAGCUUGGAAGAAGCAGAAGCUUAGAGGCAGGUAGAGGUAAUAUACUUGGUAAAGUAAUAAUUGAUUGAUAGGCAUCAAAGAUUUGGGGAGGAUCAUGUCCUUGGAAAUUUACAAGCUUCACCGUUACCGUUGUGCAUAGAUAGAGGCAUUCUUAAUUUCUUAUUGAUUUUUUUAUAAGCAAUUUCUUGUUGACUAUCGAGAAGGAUAAGAUAUAUCAUCUUGAAAUUCAUUACACAGAAUGUAUUCUUUCUGAAAGAAGCUUAUGUGAGAGAAUAUGAAAUAGUAUUGUUUUGUUUGAA